AUGAGACAGCCGGAAGGAGCAAUGCCCACAUCGGAACCUCAAACCCAGGAGGCACCAAAGGAAAUUCCACAAGGACUGACUGGAGAGGCUAAGGGAGAAAAACCGUUUCCAUAUCGGUUUGUGACGAAGAGGAAGAAGGAAAACCCUGUGGAUUUCAUGUCGAUCUUUGGGAAGCUGGAUGUCACCAUACCAUUCCUCCAAGCCGUGAGACUGCCCCCUCUGGGGAAGUUUAUAAAGGAGUUUAUAGCCGGGAAGGCCCAGGAGGAUGGAAAGAUCAUGGUGGAAGGAAUAGCGUCAGCCAUUGAAAAGCUCCAAGCCUUGGAUGUGUAUGCCCAGGUCGAUGUGGAAGCAGCUGCAUGGUGCGAUCUGAUCAGUAGCCGAGGGUUGACUGACGAAGAGAUCGAAGAAGCAAUUACAGAAUUUUGUCAGAAGUCAGAACUAGCAGGAUCCGUAGGGGCCGUGGUACCGGCCAAUAUGGAGGAAAAAUCAGAUGCUGAACAAGAGCAAGAGGAGGAUUCAAAGAAGAACCCUUUACCUACAGACACACUACCCCCGCAAGUGGAGUUGAAAAAGUUGCCAGUGAAUCUUAAGUAUGCCUACCUAGGGGAGGAAGACUCAUUCCCUGUAAUCAUCAAUAGCGGGCUGACUGAAGAGCAAGAGGCAAGACUACUAACUGUGCUGGGCAAAAACAAGAAGGCUAUUGGAUGGAGCCUUACGGACCUAGUAGGUAUAAGCCCGGACGUCUGCAUGCACCACAUUAGGCUGGAGGAUGGAGCCAAGGCACAUAGAGACUCUCAAAGAAAGGUGAACCCAAACAUGCGAGAAGAGAUACUGAAGGAAAUCUUGAAGUUACUCUCACUGGGCAUUAUAUACUCGGUACCAGAUAGUGAAUGGGUCAGCCCAAUCCAUAUGGUUCCCAAGAAAUCAGGGAUCCAGGUGGUCAAGAAUGAGAUGAAUGAGCUAGUGCCCACCAGACUAGUUACCGGGUGGCGAAUGUGCAUAGAUUACCGAAAGCUGAACACUGCAACCAGGAAGGACCAUUUUCCCCUGCCAUUCAUCGAUCAAAUGCUGGAGCGACUGGCUGGGAGGAAGUACUUCUGCUUUUUGGAUGGGUACAGUGGUUACUUUCAAAUUUACGUGGACCCGGAGGACCAGGAUAAGACCACAUUCACAUGCCCGUUUGGAACCUAUGCGUAUAGGCGUAUGCCAUUUGGCCUAUGCGGUGGGGGCCAUACUGGGUCAGAAGAUCGAUGGGAAGAGGUACGUGAUAUUCUAUGCAUCUAA